AUGCCUCCACCACCGCAUAUCAAGCCCGAAAAUGUCCUCAAGAGGGCUAGGGAACUCAUCGCUGUGGGCCAGGCUCCUGCCGCGCUCACAGUUCUUCACGAACAUGUCACCUCGAAACGAACACGAAGCAGCCCUGUCGCGUCUUUGGAACCGGUGAUGAUCCUCUUUGUUGAACUCUGUGUCGAUUUGCGCAAGGGAAAAGCCGCCAAGGAUGGUCUUUAUCAAUAUAAAAACAUCGCCCAAAAUACCAAUGUGGGAACCAUCGAGACCGUUCUCAAGCACUUCAUUGAACUCGCCGAGCAAAAAGUUACCGAAGCUCAAGCCAAAGCCGAUGAGAUCCAAUCGUCGCUCGAGUCAACUGCCCCUUCAACCAACGUGGACGAUCUCGAGGCCAUCGAAACUCCUGAGACUAUUCUUUUGGCAACUGUUUCCGGCGAACAAUCCAAGGACCGUACCGACCGUGCUAUCGUUACCCCAUGGCUCAAGUUUUUGUGGGAAACCUACCGUACUGUGCUCGAAAUCUUGAAGAACAAUGCCCGUCUUGAAAUUAUGUACCAGACGACUGCCCUCCAGGCCUUCCAGUUCUGUCUCAAGUACACCCGCAAGACUGAAUUCCGUCGUCUUUGCGAACUUUUGCGCAACCACGUCCAGAAUGCCGCCAAAUACUCCACUCAGAUGCAUGCUAUCAACCUUAGCGAUCCCGACACCCUUCAGCGCCACUUGGAUACCCGCUUCCAGCAGCUUAAUGUCGCCGUUGAGUUGGAACUAUGGCAGGAAGCCUUCCGCAGUGUGGAGGACAUUCACACCUUGUUGAGCCUCAGCAAACGCCCUGCAAAGAACGUCAUGAUGGCCAACUACUACGAAAAGCUCGCUCGUAUCUUCUUGGUCAGCGAAAACUACUUGUUCCAUGCCGCAGCCUGGAACCGCUUCUACAACCUUUUGCGCCAGUCUGCUGCUACUCUCGCCUCUGGCCAAGGAACCAAGAAGGACAACCCUUCUGUCACCGAGGCCGACAUGACCAAGGCUGCAUCCUUCGUUGUGCUAGCUGCUCUUUCGAUUCCUGUCAUUAGCACUUCUCGCUCCCGUGGUGCUCUGGUCGACGUUGACGAAGUCAGGAAGAACAAGAAUGCCCGUCUUACCAACUUGCUCGGCAUGGCCCAGUCCCCCACUCGUGCGGCUCUUUUCAAGGAUGCCUUGAACAAGGGCUUGCUCAAGCGUGCUCGUCCUGAAAUCCGUGACUUGUACAACAUUCUUGAAGUCGACUUCCAUCCAUUGUCCAUCUGCAAGAAGAUCACCCCCAUCCUCAAACAGAUUGGUGCUGAUCCUGAGAUGGAAAAAUACGUUGUCCCCUUGCAACAGGUCAUUCUUACUCGUCUCUUCCAGCAACUUUCUCAAGUGUACGAGUCUGUUGAACUCAAGUUCGUUUACGAGCUUGCCCAGUUCCCUGACCCAUUCCAAGUUACCCAGUCCAUGAUUGAAAAGUUCAUUAUGAAUGGUUGCAAGAAGGGCGAUUUGGCCAUUCGCGUUGACCAUGUCGCUGGUGUUCUUACUUUCGAUUCCGACAUCUUCUCAUCUGCUAAGGCUCUGCACCCAGGUAGCGCAGCAGGAUCUGCCGAGAGCGAGGUGGGAUCUGUUCAACGUCUCCAGAGCACACCUUCUGAGAUUGCUCGAUCUCAGCUCACUCGUCUUGCCAAGACUUUGCAUGUCACUUGUCUCUAUGUUGAUCCUUCCUACUCUGAGGCCCGCCUCCAGGCUAAGCAGCGUGCCCAUGCCCGUGCUUUGGAGGGAGCCGCAAAGGAACACCAGGAGACUUUGGCUCGCCGGGUCGUCAUUGAGAAGAAGAAGGAAGCCGCCACAGAAUCUCUCCAGCGCAAACAAAGGGAAGAGGAGACUCGCAAGAGAAUCCGCACUCAACAGCUUCAGGAAGCUGAGAAGCAGAGACUGUUGGAUGAACAUCGUGAGCGUGAGAAGAAGCGCCUCAAGGAUGAACAAGACCGUAUCCGCAAGCAGGAACUGAAGAAACAGCUUGAGGAAUUGAGCGGCGUGAAGGGUAUUGAUAUCAACGAGAUUGACCCUGAGGAACUCGACAGCAACCGUCUCCGUGCCAUGAAAUUGGCUCAGCUCGAGAAAGAAAAGAACGAACUUAAUGACCGUAUCCGCAUCACAGCCAAGCGAAUUGAUCACUUGGAACGUGCCUUCCGUCGUGAGGAGCUCAAACACAUUCCGGAAGAUUACGAAAAACAGAAGCAGCACGAUAUGGAGGUCUACGAGCUCCAAAAGGAGGAGACAUUGAAGGAAGCCCAAUUGAAACACAAGGCCGAUGUUGCUCUCAAACACCGACUGAGCCGUCUUGUCCCAGUCUUCACCGAGUUCCGUGACGGUCUCAACGAGAAGCGUCAUGAAGAGUUUGAGAAGCGCCGCAAGGCCGCUGAGCGAGAACUUGAGGCAAAGAAGAAGCAACGCAUUAAGGAGGUUGUGGAGCGUCGCCGUCGCGAGAAGGCUGAACGUGAGGAGGAGGAACGUCGCAGACAGGAGGAAGAAGAACGUGUUCGUCGUGAGGAAGAGGAGCGUGUUGCACGCGAGGAGGAACAGAGACGUGUUAUGGCCGAGAGGAAGGCUCAGCGAGAGGAGGAGAGAAAGAAACUCGACGAGAUUGCUGCCAAACAAAAACAACGUGAAGAAGAGGCCGAAGCUCGCCGCGCAGCUCGCAAAGCCGGUGUCCCUGCUGCACCAGAGCCCACUCGCGCCGAACCCGCCGCCGAGCGCGCCGAGCGCGGUGAACGAACUGCACCAAGACUCAACCUCGCUCCUCGUACUGGCGCCAGCGGUGGAAGCUGGAGAGAACGUCUGGCCGCCAAGGAGGCUGCCGGAGAGACUGCUGCUCCCGCCGCCCCUGCUACCCCUGCUGCCCCUGCACCAGCCAAGGAAGAACCCGCUGCUGCCCUCCCCCGCAAGACCGGUGGCUACGUGCCCCCUGCUAUGCGUCAAGGCGGAGCCCCAGCUCCCAGAUCCGCUGCCCCUCCAGCAGCAGGCGAAAAAUACGUCCCUCGUCACAUGCGUGAAGGCGGUGCUCCCCCUGCUUCCAGGCCCUCAGCCCCUCCAGCAGUUGCUGCCAGCGAAAGAUCCGAAGAGAGCAAACCGGCCGGUGGUAAAUGGGUUCCUUCGUGGAAGAAGCGUGAUCAACAGUAG